ACCUUCACCAGCUGCCACCCACAGCUUCACAUCAUUUCUAAUUCAUCUCACUUUAUAUACCAAACAUACCUCACACUCCAUUCCUCCCCUUGAACUUUUGGCUCAUUCUUCUCAGGGGCAUAGAGUGACUGAAAUCAAGAACAAUGUCACUGAACAUAAUCUUUACAGCAGCAAUAACCAUUGUAAUUCUCUCAACACUUUCCCCUACAAAUGCUCAGAUUGCUGCUGCACCAUCUUUAUCUCCAUCUUCGGCUCCGGCCCCUGCCCCGGCUCCACCCUUCGUCAACCUCGCAAAUCUUUUAUCUGUUGCCGGCCCUUUCAACACUUUCCUCAACUACAUAACUCAAACCAAAGUCAUCCAAACAUUUCAAAACCAAGCCAAUGACACUAAACAAGGAUUAACACUUUUCGUACCCAAAGAUUCGGCUUUCUCUUCUCUCAAUCAAUCCACAUUAUCAAAUCUCACUUCAGACCAGCUCAAAUCUCUUCUCCUCUUCCAUGCAUUCCCUAAAUACUACUCACUUUCAGACUUCAAAACCUUAACUGCCACUCCUAUCAAUACUUUUGCUGGUGGUUCAUAUCCACUCAAUCUCACUGAUGUUGCUGGCCUGAUCAAAGUGCAUUCAGAUUGGACAAACCCCAAAAUUAGCAGCAGUGUGUACUCUACAUUCCCGGUUGCGGUUUACGAACUCGAUCAAGUUCUUCUGCCUCAAUCAAUUUUCAGUACAACACCAUUGGUUGCGCUUGCACCAGCACCUGCACCCGAUAUUUCUCCGGCCUCUGAUUUAGCUCCAAGUCUCUCCGGCUUAUCACCGAAAUCUUCAGAGUCUGUGAACAAUGAGUCUUCUGCUUCUGCAAUCUGCAUCAAUCUACUGAAUUACUUCAUUUUCGCUGUUGCCGGUGGUUUUAUGCUCAUGUUGUGAUUUGGAAAUGAAAUGUCCUGGUAAAUUAUCUGUUUGAUGUAGAGAUUAUUCAUAUGUUUGUCAAUGUCUCUCCUUUGUGUUCAUGUAUCAUUCUUUUGGAGAGGUUUUACCUUCACAUUUGUCAUUGCAAUUGGAUUUGAGAUUUGUAUCCUUUCCAUUUUACUGAGAUAUUGUUUCAUUCUUCUUUCU